AGGACUCUUUCUCGGGUGCCAACUCUACUUUAUCUCUCACUCUCUCUUGCCUUCUUCUGUGAGUGACAAUGGAAGCUGGACUUCCAAUGCUUAACUGUCUCCUGCAGCACACGCUACGGAGCUUGUGUUCAUAUUCGGAUUCUUCUUCUCCUUCUUCAAAGUGGGUUUAUGCUGUAUUUUGGAGGAUACUGCCUCGUAAUUAUCCGCCACUUAAGUGGGAUUAUGAAGGGAGUGCACUUGAUCGUUCCAAAGGAAACAAAAAGAACUGGAUGCUUGUCUGGGAAGAUGGGUUUUGUGAUUUCCAUGAAUGUGAACGUGCUGGAAGUGGCUAUGUAAAGGGAAGGUUUGGAGCUGAUAUAUUCUUCAAAUUGUCUCAUGAAGUUUAUAAUUAUGGAGAAGGGUUAGUAGGGAAAAUUGCAGCAGAUAACAGUCACAAAUGGGUGUAUAAAGAAACCCCAAAUGAUAAUGAUCCUAAAUUCAUCUCCUCCUGGAAUUUGUCUAUUGAGCCUCAACCUAGGGCGUGGGAAUCUCAGUUCAAUCCAGGCAUUCAGGUUGGUAAUACACCAAGUAAACUAUGUGAAAAGAGAAUUUUAACUGUAAGGGCCGCCGGCAAUAGCCCCAUUCAAAAGCUCAUUAAAGUUUCUGUUGAUAUACAGACAAUUGCCAUAAUUUCUGUCAGAGAAGGGAUUAUUCAACUAGGUUCAUUGGACAAGAUGGUGGAAGAUCUUAAUCUGGUGAUCAGCAUACAGAGGAAAUUCAGCUAUCUCCAGAGCAUACCUGGCGUCUUUGCCAUUCAAAGACCAUACUUACCAAUUCAACAUCCAUACGCCCUCAAACCGAAAAACCUGUUGUCGGAAAAUCACGAAACAUCAAUCUGUCAUGAUGACAAACGCCGGUUAGGUGGAAUGAAAAGAUUUGUCGAUGAAAGACCAGAGGAUUCUCCGAUCAAAUCAAUCAACUUAGGUUGGAACAGCCCUCAAAAUGGAAUUAUAGGACCACCCUUUUGGUCAAUUCCACCCCUUGUUCCUACCGUGUCUUGCAGUCUUGGAGCUUUGUUAUCCAAGUUGCCUUCUGUCAUCCCAUCUUAUAAUGCCAUUGAACCUCCUGAAAUAACUCUCAUCAACCACCCCAACACUACAAACCAGAGAGGGAAGGAUGAUAAUGGAGGCUCAGUAGGUGAAAUUCCCAUAGCCGAGUCAAAAACAGAACCUUUAAGUCAAUUGGAAGCUGCUGAUCAGGAGAAGCCAAGACCUGUAAAAGCUAAUUUAGUGCUACAAGAAGAUGCUGUAAUACAACUGGGAUUUGGGCCUCUCAAAGACUGACAAGAACAUAGUUUGAACUCUGAAGCUUGACUAA